AUGUGUGGGAUAGUACCUGCACUAGUCAGCCUGUAUGUGUGGGAUAGCACCUGCACUAGUCAGCCUGGACCUGAGGGCCUAGACACAGUAGUCCCUACAGCUACUCUGAGACCCAUCACAUCGGUUCCCCAGAUCAGCAGCAGUCAGCUUGCACAGCUCCUGUUGCUACGACAACUUCCCGGUCUUGGGAAGCAGCUUAUUACAAGACAGCAAGAGGUGGGUUUUGUUAGAGCCUUGAUUUUCUGGUAUUCCAUGUUCCUUGACAUCUUCAAGAAGUACCAGUGGUUCUCAGCCCAUUCCUCAGCAGUUGAUGGUCAUCCCCCAGCAGCUGAGGCAGGACAACAUCAGACGACAGCUGCUUCUGCUGCAGACGUACAGCAGACUGCGGCAGCAGACGGCCUUUCCAUCCACGGGCCAGGGACCGCCACUCACAGCCCCUCUCCACUCACAGGGCAGGAGUUGUCUGCCCCUAGCCCGGGUCCAACUGGGGAACUCACACACCCAGGCCACAGGGUCGUACAUACGCAGGAUUCUCUACCAGGGUAUCGUGAAGCUGUGAAUAUGGAAAGAGUCAGGCAUAUGUCAGAUGUUCAUCCUUUAAUAAACACUUGUGCAGACCUGUCACUAUCAUCUGACCUGAUGGAUGCCAGUAUUUAUGCCUCUAGCCCUAAUUCCCUGUACAUGUAUGAUCAAGAAAAAAUGGAUAUGCAAUGCACUAUGGGAAUAAACUCCACAUGCUGUACGACGCUGGACACAUCAUCCCUUAGUGAUGAUUUUGAUCUGAACUCCCAGUACGAGAUGUCCCAUGACAUCAGCAGUUUUCAGGUAGACCCCGUCACAGUUUCCAACAGUCAAGUUCCCAGAUAUAAUGUGUCCUCAACCAGCCUAGCAAGUGCUGGCUCAUGGAGUGUUAUUGGCAAAACAGAUGAUCUUACGCAUGAGGACGUCUAUGUCUCCACGACUGACGAACGAAAAAACACCGACACUCGCAGAACUGAACUUUGA